UUUUACAAAAAGAAGUUUAUAAAAGCAGAUCCAAACUACCUUACCCCCGACGCUGGGACUGGUUUUGGGUCUGAUAGCCGCUUCUUCAUUCAUUGAAUAUAGAGCACCGGCAAUUCAUUAUCAAUUUCUCGCUCCCUGACUCUGUCUCUGUUUAAGUUAAAACAGCAAGGAAAGCAUGGUUUGGGGUUUCUUCCCCGCCGACCCCCUAUCAGGUGAGGAUACAUACUAUAUCUUUGCUAGAGGAACUUACAAAGUGGGUCGGAAAGGUUGUGAUGUAAAUAUUGCAGAGGACAAAGGAGUUUCUAGGGUUCAUGCAGAAAUAGUUGUUGAUUCAAUGGUAUCAGCUCUCCCUCGGCAAACUAAAUCUUCAGUUUUAUCCUCCAAAGUCCGAAUUAGAGACUGCUCAAAAUAUGGAACUUACAUUAACAAGAACCUUACAUCAAUGGAAAAGAUUCAUGACUUGCCGAAUAAAGAAACAUCACUUAGAGAUGGGGACUUGGUUUCAUUUGGAACUGGUACCGCUGUCUUCAGAUUUUCCUUUGUUCCACUGAAUUUGUUUGCAUGCUGCCCGGAAAAAUCUCAAGUGAAUCAUCCUCUUCAAGAAAAAAUUUCAUCAAUCGGUGCUUGCAUCACCUAUCAUUGGAGUCAGGAGUGCACGCAUGUGCUUGUUGACCAUGUCAUGCCAAUGAAAGAAGAUCUAUUGGAUGCUAUUAUGAAGAAGAAACCUUUUGUAGUUGGAACUUGGGUUGAGUUUCUUGCAGAGAAGAAUAUUCUCACUGAGUUUCCGUGUUACACACCCUUUUCUCCAACAAUGACAGUGGAUGGAACAUCGGUCAAACUUGCAGACCCAAGAAGUCGAGAAAACUGUUUAGCAGGAUAUGCAUUUUUGUUGGACUCGACACUUGUGUAUAGGUUUGGUGAUCGGUUGCAGUCCUUACUGGAAAUCAGUGGUGCAAAGAUUCUUUACGUUGAAGGAUUUAAAUCAAAUAGCCAAAUCCCAGAUUGCGCAGUCAGUGAUCAUGAUGUUUGUGUUGUCCCAGAACGGUUGUCUGAUGAUUACUGUGAUAAGCUUGGGUCACUAUUACGAGUGAAGGAACUAGACUUAUUAUGUGCCAUAUUGAAUGGACGGCUGGAUCCAUCGAUGUUAAAAUCACCUUGUGUAGUUGUCUCAUCUUCAUGCUCAACAGAUGAAACUGUGGUAGCUGAUUCUGAUGUAGAAGAAACAGCCACAUCAGUUCUGGGAACUGUAUCUCUUGGCACUGGAGUUGCUGAGAAUGUGCCCCAUGAAACAUCCAUAAAUCAUGCAGUUCACAAAUUGGAGAAUGACUUUGUCAUGAGCUCUAGACGCAGUGGUGACAUAUCAACCAUAAGUGGCAAGAUUGAUGAUUCUGAAAGUGGGAUUGCUGAUAUUAUUUAUAGCCAAGAUUUGAUUGUGCGAGAUAAGAGCAUACCUUGUACCAUUGUUCAUAGUGCAAACAACAGAUUCAUAAAUUUCAAACGCUUCAGAAAGACAAAUAUUCAGUCUGGGAAUAGCUUCAACAAUCUCAUUCCAUUCUCCAAGGACCCAUAUAAUGAUUCUGACUAUGGGAAUGAGGAAGUGGUACAGUCUGUGAAGGACGAGAAAAGGAGAAAGCACAGGGAAGCUAUAUCUGAAGAAUUAUUUAAUACAGAACAGGGUCGACGUCAUGGUGUAGCUGGUUCUCUACGUGGGAUACUUGGUCAUGGAAAAUGAUGGAAUCACCAGCUCAAAGAGAAACAAAAGGAUUCAUAUACCAGGAGAGUAGAGGCUAGCUUCAAUUACCAGGCUGCAGUGUGGGAAGCUGGCCAAUCAAUAAAAUGGACUGCUUCUCACUGGAAAUCUUUGGGAUUGGAGCUUAUCUAAUUUGGCGGUGAAGAAAGUACACAGAAAGUUCGGGGGUUGAAAAAUCAAAAAUGCUUUGUUCUGAGAUGGUGAUAGAUAAGUAUUUGUCCAAUUGUUAGGAUAUAUGUACUUUAUAUAGUUUCUCAAUAUUAUUUUGGGAGUGCUUCUAGAUACUUAUUGUUGUAAUCAGAUGGUUAAAUAUACCAUGUUUAUAUAAAAUAUGAUAAAAUUUUUAUCGAUAUUUGAUAUUUUCUCG